AUUGAACUCUUUAUAAACCUUACCCUCUUGGUGUUCUUCCACAUUCAGCCCUUUCUCUAUCUUUAUCUCUCUGAGUAGAGCUUUGAAAUGCUUAGCGUUGAGAGAAUGAUGUCUAAUAAUCUCUUUAUCUGGGUUCCUCUGCUUUUCCUCUGUUCUUCUCUGUUGCUUCUUAAAUCCAUAAGAAAACAGGCAAACCCCAACAACAAGCUUCUUCCUCCAACCCCUCCCAAGCUUCCUUUGUUGGGCCAUUUUCACCUCAUUGGCUCCCUCCCCCAUCGCUCUCUCUCUCAGCUUUCAAAAAAAUAUGGUCCCGUCAUGCUCCUCCAACUCGGCUCUGUCCCAACCAUUGUGAUCUCCUCUGCCGCCGCUGCAAGAGAGUUGUUCAAAUUUCACGACCUUGCUUCUUGCAGUCGACCUCUCUUACACGCCAACGGAAGACUUUCGUACAACUAUCUUGACAUGAGUCUCACUCCAUACGGUGAACACUGGAGGAACGUCCGAAAGAUUUGUAUGCUUGAGCUCUUCACUGCUCGUCGGGUUCAAUCUUUUCAGGAAAUUAGAGAAGAGGAAGUGGGGCGCCUUCUAAACUCCAUCUCUCAAUCCGCUUCUUCUUCAGCUCCAAUUGAUAUGAGUGACAAAUCCUAUUCUCUCACUGCAAAUAUAAUAACAAGAGUUGCUUUUGGCAGCAUCUUCAGCGGAGGAAAACUAGAUGAUGAACACUUUCAACAUGUUAUCCGGAGAGCAGUUGCAGCAAUUGGAAGCUUCUCGAUGACCGAUUUCUUUCCUACUUUCGGUUGGAUUAUUGAUAGGUUAAAUGGUGGUCAUGGGAGGCUGGAGAAGAGCUUUGGUGUGCUGGAUGCCUUUUUUCAACAUGUAGUCGACGAUCGUAUCAACUUCAAGAAGACUUCUAAGAACGAAGAAAACAUUGUUGAUGUUUUGUUGAGAAUGGAAAGGGAAAGCUCUGAAUCUGAUGCAAUAAAAGUCACCCGAGAUUGCAUUAAAGCACUCAUCAAGGAUAUCUUCAUGGCGGGAGUUGAAACAGGAGCCGACACUAUUGUUUGGGCCAUGACAGAGCUGAUUAGGAACCCAAGGGUGAUGAAGAAGCUCCAAGACAAGAUCAGAAGUUGCAUAAAAGAAGAUUUAGUGAAAGAGGACGACCUAGAAAAGUUUGAGUAUCUAAAAAUGGUAGUGAAAGAGGUUCUGAGAUUGCAUCCACCGGCUCCUCUUCUGCUUACAAGAGAAACCAUCUCCCCUUUUAAGCUUAAUGGUUACGAUAUCGAACCCAAGACUCAUCUUCACAUUAAUGUGUGGGCCAUCGGACGAGACCCACAAUCUUGGACUAACCCAGAAGAAUUCUUUCCCGAGAGGUUUAUAGGAAGCAAUAUCGAUUAUAAAGGACAGAACUUUGAGUUAUUACCUUUCGGAGGCGGUCGAAGAAUAUGUCCUGGGAUGAACAUGGCUACCCUUACGGUGGAGUUGGCACUGGCUAACCUGUUGUGGUGCUUUGAUUGGAAACUUCCCGAUGGAAUGAAGGAAGAAGAUGUAGACAUGGAAGAGGAGGUUGGUCUUACGAUUGCCAAGAAAUCACUCCUUAAGCUAAUUCCAGUCCUUUCAACUAAUUUUUAGUUGAUAGUUUAGGGUUAUCCAAUAAAAUUAAGCGAUCAUUUCUAUUAAUAUUU